AUGGAGAGAUUCAAAUGCAUGGCAGAGGACAAGGCUAAAAACAAUCACAGAAAACUGGGAACAGAAAAUGCAGAGAGACGGCAGCACAAAAGAGCAGUAAAUGGGGUGGAACAGGUGCGGAGACCGCCCGGCGGCUCCCUGCCGCCCGCCGCGACGGGGACCGGUGUGGUGAGCGGCGACUUGCUGGCCAAGGAGGAGGAGUACAAGCGACUGAAUGCAGAAUUAGAAGCAAAAACAGAAAAACUGGUGCGUCAGGCUGAAGAAGUAAUGAAAGGCCAACAGGAGAUACUAUCUAGACCAGUUUCAGUACAGAUCAAGUCACGUGAAGAGGACAGACAGAGAGGUCCACUCUGUCCUGAAGUUUCAUCUCUUACACACUCACAUGCCAAGCUAGCAAACAAGAAGAAAUGUGCUUCCAUGCCCACGGCUCAGAACAGACCGUACUCUGGAAGUAAGGGAAAAAGAACAACUUUAAGGUAUAUUAUACACAUCUUUUUGUUUACAACAAAAAUAAGAAACCUGGAAGUACAAAGUGCUGAUGAUGUUGCAGUACUGGAGGAUUGCAUAGAUUUUUCUUUAGCAAAGACAAUAAGCAAAAUUGAAGAAAAACUAGAGAGAGGAGGCUUACCAGAUUGUCUAGAUGAUGAUAUUAUUCCAAGCGUUGGAAAUGAAAUUGGAGCAGAAGCUCAAAUCAGAUUUCUUAAGGCAAAGUUACGUGUUAUGCAGGAAGAGCUGGAUAGUGUGGUGUGUGAAUGCAGGAAAAAGAACGAUGAAAAUCAGAAUUUAAAAUCUCGGCUUAAAGAUACUGAAGAAGAAAACACCAGACUGCAACGAACAAUCAGUAUGCAACAUUCUCAGACUGAAAAGUACAAAAUGUUGUCACAAGAAGCAAUCAAAAAAAGUGGAGGGUUACAACAAGAGGUCAUUGCGCUAGAAAAGGAAUUGGAGAAUCUAAAGCGUGUACAAAAGCAGGCCGCAAGCAGUCAGAGUGCAACAGAGGUUCGCUUAAACAGGGCCCUGGAAGAAGCAGAAAGGUAUAAAGUGGAGCUGAAUACACUGAAGCAAAGUAACAAGGAUGUAGCUAACCAAGAACUCAAAACAAUUGAAGAAUUAAAAACAGAAAACAAGAAACUGCAGAAACAAAAAGGAGAGCUAAUGACAGGUUUUAAAAAGCAAUUGAAGUUAAUUGAUAUUUUAAAGAGACAAAAGAUGCACAUUGAAGCUGCUAAAAUGCUUUCUUUUACUGAAGAGGAAUUCAUGAAAGCUCUUGAGUGGGGAAAUUAUUGAUUCCAUAAAAAAACCAACUUCUGUUUAAAAUACAAGUCAGAUGGUACAUUAUUUUGGCACUUUAUAUGAAUGCUUGUUAAUAGUUAAUAACUGUAUAUCCCAGUGAAUUGAUUUGUUGAUUUUACUUACGUUUAAAUCAUUUAACUUUUAUAAGCCUGAUAGCUUGUGUUGUAAUAUCAUAUGAAAUACAAAUUUCUACUGAAGUUUCAGGUCAAACUGUCCAUUCUGUAAUGAGUGGAGAAGCACAGAGCGUGCAAGGAAUAUUCCAACAAGUGAACUUUGUUACCAGUUACAGUUUGCUCUGUUUUAGUAUUUAAAACUACACCUUAUCUAAGGUAAUAUUCAGUCCAAAGAAGUCAGGGUUUAGUCUCGGAAAAUUCCUUGUUGCGACAGAAAUAAAUCAACCAGUGAUCCAGUUGAGAAGAAAAUGUCAUGUCCUUUUUGAAACGCGUGGUUGGAAAAUCGGCCUUGUCUGUUCUCUGUAACAGAUCUCCCCUCAAAGCUAGUUGGUCUGGCAUCUAAUUUAAGCACCAACAGCUCUUUUAUAGAAAUGAUCAUAACUUGUUUUAGCUAUAACAUCUUACACCCUUGGCUGGCAAAAAAAAUACAUGAGACUUGCCCCUCACUAUCCAGAUGGACUCCACAAUCUG